CUCAAACAAAAAGUGUUGGCGCCCUCUACGCAUUAUACGAGAAAAAGCGGUUGUUUUAAAAAUUGGCAUUCAACGAAAAAUUGAAUUCAAGAAGAAUCUAGCUCAUUACUAUCUGUGGUCAUCAACUUGGACACCAGGACGACAUGGAGACGUUUGGUGAAUAUGACCCUGCAACACCUCUCAGUCAGAGAUACUGCAGCAGGAUAAGCUCACAGGAGUAUGAACUCCAGGGAUCAACAGAAACAUAUGCUGCCUUACAGAAUUUGCUGGAGUACAUGGAUAGCAAUUCAAAUGUUUUCACAAGAAUUUUGGCUAAGAAAAAGCAGGAAGAAUUAGAGAGUGCAGGAAUAUUUUCUUUCUUAAAGUGCAAGUUAUGGGAAAAGGUGAAAGGACCAAAUUUCAUGAUGGCAGACAUCACAGAAAAUGAAAGCAGUGAGAAACAAGAACAAAUGCAGAAAGAGAUGUGCGAGGUUUUCAACUAUGUGCAAGAAACAAAGUCCAGCCCAGUUACAAAGCGUUUCUCAAAGCGCCUUGCGGCUAAGAGGAGCAAACGCAACACCUCAGGGAAGACGGCUUCUAAGAGGCCAAAGGGACCUGCCCCACCACCACCCCCGUACCCCCCUCCAGGAUCUAACAGACCCAAGGAAGGUCCUGAGGGGCAGAGAUCAACCCCCACUGGUUCCGUUCUCAGUGUCGUGCCAUCACCUAGGAAGCCACUCCGUCACGGUUCACCGUUGGAUGGAAACAAACCCGAGAAGCCUAUGAGGGUAGUAGCGGAUGUUGCACCGGUAUGUCCGCCUGCAGCCCCACCUCCUCCCCCACCCCCUCUACCAGGAACCACCCCUAAGAGUGCAAUGAAGAAACCCCUUCAAGAGAGGACAAACACUGUCUAUAUCACCACCCCGACUGGUCGGACGCAGAGUCCAGCCAAGAAAGCCAUUCUUAAAUCCGAACCAAGGUUGAAGCAGCUCCAGAAGACUGGGUCAACGACCUCACUGAAUUCAAUAUCUAGUAUUCAUGAUGAGCUGAUUGGAUUUGAUAAGGGAAAACUCAAAUCUGUCAAGGCCAGGUCACCAGGACGUAUCCCAAAGAACAAAGCCCCUGCUAAGCCAUCCAGGAUGGGCAAGAUGGGAGAUAUCACUAUUGACUCCUUCAACCAGAAGAUCCUCGAGAAAUUCAAGAACGCUCACAGUCCAAGCCGUUAUGGAAGUCCCAACAGUCUGUCCAGCAGCGGGUUUGGGAGUCCAUCCGAUUUCACCCCAUGAUGGGCAGCAGCUCACUAGAGGUGUUUCACAAAGCGAUCUUCAUCGUUGCGUUUCACUUAUAACUAUCAUAAGCUACCUAAAUCCUUUGAUCUGAUUGGUCGAGAGUAAAUUGAUCAGUGAAAAUCAUGGAGAAGACCAUUUAUUAAAUGCUUCCUAGGACAACAAUUCUUUAUGAACUUUGUUGUCAUAAGCAGACCUCUCUAAAAUCCAGAGAUUUCAACAGCUACCUUUGAGAGGUAUUGGGAACCUUUUAGUCAAAAAUAUUGCAGCUUACAUGGUACAGCUUUUCCCAUAUCACAGAAGGUAUAUAUAUAGAGCAGUUAAGCAGGGAAAACAAUUACUAGUACAUGGGGAGCCUAAAAUGCCCCCCCCCCCCCAAAGCCCUCAAAAACUAAAAUAGAACCCUGGUAAUUCCCAUAGGGUCCAAUAUAAAUUGUAAUACAAUGUAGCAGAUUUUGCCUGGUGAGCCCAAAAAUUUAUCUCUCAAACUAUUUUACAGCUUGUUUGUGGUCUAUAUUAUGGUUGUUCCACUUUAUAUGUUUGUCAUUUUGCCUCCGACGAAGAUUCUGUUAGGAUCGAAAGCUUAGGCCCCUUUUUGACUUUCAAACUAUUUUUAAUCAUAUUGCUCCCUGCUGUUUUGGUAAUGCACUCAUUAUACUACCCCCAAAUGUCCAUUUAACACUCAGAUUACUGCAAUAUCAUGUUCAAGGUUGACCUCCCUGGAAGUCUAUUCAGAGUGCUCACUGGAAGGCUAAGUCAAGAUUUUGAUUAAAAAGUUGUCUCUUGUCAAGUUUAAUUGAACCCUUGUAGAUACUGCCUAUUGGUAAUGGGAAUGUCUAUAGAUAAUGCAUUAUUGUACUAGGUGUUCAUAUACCGGUAUUUAAUUUCUUCUUUCUACCAUUCAUCUUGUUGCUGAUGCAUUCUUUUUGUCACUCAUUAUUUUACGAUUAUGUUGAUGGGAAUGAUGAUGAUGAUUAUGGUGAUGGUGGUGUUAGUGGUGAUGAUAUUGAUGAUGGUGUUGGUAAUGGUGAUGAUUGUGAAGGUGGUGGUAAUGGUGAUGAUGAUGUUGAUGAUGGUGUUGAUGAUGAUGAUGACGAUGAUGAUGUUCUUGAUGUUCUUGAUGAUGAUGAUGAUGUUGAUGGUGAGUGAUGAUGAUGAUGAAGAUGAUGAUAAUGAUGAUGAUGGUAAUGAUGGUAAUGAUGGUAAUGAUGAUGAUGGUAAUGAUGAUGAUGAUGUUGAUGAUGAUGAUCGUGAUAUUAAUGAUUUUGAUAAUGAUGAUAUUGAUGAUGUUGGUGAUGGUGAUGAUGAUGAUGGUGUUGAUGAUGGUGAUGAUGGUGAUAAUGGUGAUGAUGAUUAGGUUGGUGUUUUUUGUUUCUUCCAAACAAAAAUUUAUGAAUGUUCAUUUUUAGUGCUUUUGAGCAGUUUUUUAUCAGCAUAUCAAGCAAUAGUAUUUCUUUCUUUUUGUAGGUUACAGUAUUUGCUGCUAAUAAUUGUGUAGUUUCUCAUUAAAAAAAAUAUUUGCUUUACAUGUUACAUGACAUACCGUAUGGGCACCAGUAUUCAACCUAGCAUAAUUCAAAGAUUUUGACAUAUUCCCCCAAAUAUUUAGAAAUAGGGAAUUUAUCUUAAUUUCAUACCUUUGUUAUUUCCAGGGUAACCUGUUGUCGGUACUUUCUUUAUCAAUCUGUCGACUCAGCGCGCGGAGGAUCGAAUUAUGUUGCGAUGGCCUUUUGCACUGAAUGGCACUAGUAUUCAACCUAGUGAGGAUAGAUAGCGAAUCUUAAAAUGGUUUAGAUCGCUAAAUUAGAUCUAGAUCUAUGUAAGUCUCUGGCUUUGAUUAAUUCCCUGUUUGGUCUCAUCUCAAAUGGUCUAGUCCAUGUCGGAUGGGACAAGGGCAGAUUGAGAGACAGAGCCAUCUUUCAUUGCUAGGUUGAAUACUAGUGCCGACGGGUUGAAUACUAGUGCCAAAAACCAUCGCCGUAUAAUUCGAUCGCCCGCGCACACAGUCGACGGGUUGAAGAAAAAAAUAACGGAAAAAGAAUAACCAGCAUUUGCUCUUGAAAAUAAGACGGGUCUGAAAUUCAGGUAAAUUUUAUAUUUCUAUAUAUUUGAGGAAACUCUCCAAACGGGUUGAAUACUAGUGCCCUUACGGUACAUAUCAUAUUUAAUGGUGUAUGCAUAGUAAAUUAAAAAUUUUAUUUCUUGUUGUAAUAAAAUUCUCUGUAUCUUAGAGUAUAUUGAUGCAAGACUUGCAGACUGGAUUUUGACAUCUGUUCUUAUUAAUUUUUUUUUUUUUUACUUAAGGUCAAUUCCACCCCAGAAAAAAUGUUGCUUUGAAUAAAAAAAAUCAAAAUCAGAUAAGAAAGAAUAAGAAUGAAAUAAGAAAGUUAUGACAUUUUAAAGUUUAACUUAUUUUCUCAAAAAAGUUAUAUGCACAACUCAGUGAUAUGCAAAUGAGUGGGUUGAUGAUGUCCAUCAGUCACUAUUUCCUUUGUUUUUUAUUGUUUAAAUUAUAUACAAUAUUUCAAUUUUUACAGAUUUGACAGUAAGGAGCAACUUGACUGAACCAUAAAAUGUUAAACAAGGUUAAUUCCAAAUGUUCAGGGAGGAAAAAAACUCGAUUUCACAUGACAGGGUGGAGAAAAUUUGAAUAUUUCAUACAAUAUAAUACAAAAGAAAUAGUGAGUGGAUGAUAUCAGUCCCCUCAUUUGCAUACCGUUUAGGAUGUGCAAGGAUUUGCUUCUCAUAUCAGUGGCACAAUUUGUUUGUAUUCACUUGGACAGUUCAUUACACAAGGCUGUCGCAAAAGCAACUCUUUGACAUAGGUGUCAUGAGUCAUAACCCCCUAACAAUGAACUUGACCAUGGUGUCAUUUGUGAAGAGUGAUUUAUUGAUUUUCUCCUCUCUUUUUUUCAAUGAGCUUCCUGGAUUUCAUGGAGGAUGUAUUAAUGUUUUUUUUUACCUGUAAAGAAGGUACAUUUUACUCCAUUUAAGUGGUUUUGAAAGAGAAUGUCUCCUAAACAAAAUCGAAGGGCAUCAAUAGGGAUAUAUGUGGUUUUGCAAAACACGUCUACGGGUGUGCAUUGAUGCGAAACGAUACACACAAAGAGUAAAUUUUUUUUUUAAUUAUUAUUUAAUUUCCAUUUUGUUAAAUAACAUACCAGAGACUUGUAAAAAGUCACUACACCGGGAACACUUUGUUGACAAUGUACGUGCAUAAAAAAAGAAUAAAAUUAGUGCACUUAAAAACAAACAAUGUAUUAUAUUAGUGCAAAGCCUAUGUGUCAGAGCGUUUAUUAUAGAAUGGUAGAAGUAUAUUCAUCUAUAAAGUAAAAAUGUUUCUUAUGUAGCUUAGCUUGAUCGCAUUCAAUUAAACAGCGUAUGGUGAGAAGGUAAAGAAAUGGAAUAUAUGAAAUCAAUCACUGGUUUUGUAUUUUAAUUAGAGACUCAUUCUAUGUCAUGCAUUUCGUGUUUAUUAUAAAUCUGCAAUAAAGCUCCCUCCAUUGUACAUAUAUGACUCGUUUUUGAAACUGUUUAUACAAAUUAAAAAGAUUUCAUAGAACAUACUAAGAUAUUUAUCAUGUUAAACGUUUUGAUUUUGUAUGAAAAUGAUUGUUAUCUUUUGUUUCAAUCAAAGAAACAAAAAUUGUGGUCAAUUGAACAGCAUAUGGUGCUAAGGUGAAAAAAGGGAAUAUUUGAUUUUAAUCACCAAGUUUGUAUAUUGGGGACUGAUGACUAAUAUUAUGUAGUGCAUCAUAUAAACUCUGUGUUUUAUAAAUCUUCACUAAGGUUCCUUUUAUUGUACAUAUGUUACGCUUUUCAUAACUUUUAUACAAAUUAAUGAUAUUUCAUAAACAUAAUAAGAUAGGUGUGAAAAUGUAUGUGAUAUUUUUUCUUCUAAAUAUUAAAAAAAUUAGAUAUGGAAUAAUUCAAUAAGUUUACAUAUAUCCCGACAUAUAUACAUGUACAUUAGCUGGCAAUUGAGUUUCUAUUCUUUUUGGACAAUUAAUUCAUCCACAUGGGAUCAUUUAGGAUCAGUAAAAAAUAUAUAAAACUAGAUUGUGUUUCAGUUCUUAUAUUGUUUAAAUUUUAAAUCUGCAGUAAGGAUCCUCCGUAUUUUUAUAACUUUUAUUCAAUUGAUAAGAUUUCAUCAACAUAUCAUGUUCACUUCAACAUUGUUUACAAGGUUCAAAUUCAAUGUGUCUUAUAGUUGCAAUCUCAUAUCCUAUUAAACUCUGAAACUCAUUGCUAAAAGUUACAUGGGAUAAGUUAUAUCUGAAUUCAUAAUAGGUUGUAUAUUUCACCAGUAUUAAAAUACCAAUCUGCCUUAUAUUUCAUUGUAAAAAAAAAGGUAAUGUUUCUUUUGUGAAUAAAGUCUGUAUUCAAAGAA